GGAGAUGCUAUUGUUAAACUAAAAGAAGGAACAAAGACAUUGAUUUAAAGUCGGGUUUUGCUGAUAUGGAUUUACAUUUAUAGGUAUUGAUUAUUACCACGCUAGCCUCCUACUAGGCAAUACGAAACAUACCUACUACUGUUAUUCCAACCUCUUCUAGCGGUUCUUCCUAGCCCCUCUAAUAAAGAUCUUAUAUUUAUUCCGACGUCGCCGGUCAGAUCGGCAUAGCUCAGGCUUUCAAUCAAGGAGUUUAUUAAAUAGGUACCUUAGUUAGGAACCUAGGUAAUCAAUCAUCCAAUCUUCCAAUAUUCCUAUCAUCGGGCUCCAACCGGGUUAUACGGAAGCUUUGUUACCUAGUACUUAAAACGAGAACGAUUUCGCCCGGUUGCGCCGACCGUGCUGAAAUCAGGUGGCGACACAGAAGACUGGACACGAUCCGAAUGAACGAGAUCAUCAAGUGAAUUGUGGUUUAUGAUUCGACAAGUCCAGGCACUGUAACCAUAUAAAUGGCCACAUCCCGAACAUCCAUUCAUAAUUAAUAAUAAUAAAGUUGACAAUCCCCUUGAACCCCAUUCAGCUUCCCAUCUCUUUCUAUCGAGACAAGCAGCCCAUCUACUUAUACUCUUAGUACCGAGGGUUCCGGUCAAUUGCUAUUAUAUUAUAGCUAUUAAUUAAACUCGUUCUCCACUAUACCGGUGUCUGACUGUAGUCAGAGACUCUCGCCGUUUUGGAGAUAGGUAAAUAUGUCUUCAGCAGAGGGGCCCCGACCGGCUGAACACAAUCCCGAUCCGAUUUCUAGAGGCUUCAAUGCUUAUGACGGACACUCUAAACAUGAAACGCAGCACCCAACCGCUCUAGCGGAAGCUUUGAGGGCUGUACAUCACCCGCCAGAUACGCCGUCGGAUAGCAACAGUGAUUCAGGUUAUGAGGCUAGGGACAAUCUACCGCAACCGGUCCUAUUACGACGCAGGGCAGAGCUAGACUCAUAUGACAAUUCAGCAUCGGAUACGCCCGAGAUCCUACCGCUAGAUAAUCCAGAACUCAAUCAAAAGUCAAGCUCCGAGCAGCUUCAUCAAUCAUUGUCCGCCCCCGAGUUUCGUUCUUCGGCCAAGGGAAAGAAAACCUACGUGGUGGCUAGUGAUGACGCAGAACUCCGGGAAAUUCUAAGGAGGGGUUUGGAAAGGGAGAAAGAGAAGUUAUCACCAAGUCGAGGUGAGAAACUUCGUGACAUGGUUUUCACUAGGCAGUUCUCGGCUUUCGACAGGCAAAACCAGGAUACUGCGAAUAGCCCAUUUCACGGCUUUUAUGUUCUUUUCUGGAUCGGCUUGGCCAUCUAUAUCAUUAAGAUGGGAGCGGAGAAUUGGAGGAAAACAGGAAACCCACUAGGCACCAAUGAGAUUAUGAAGUCUAUGUUUCGAAGAGAUGUGGUUGUCCUCUUGUUCUCCGAUGGAGUCAUGUGCGGCAUGACUGGGGUGAGUUGGCUUAUUCAACGCCUCGUAUUCCUUCAUUAUAUCGAUUGGAAUAGAUCAGGCUGGGUACUACAAAACAUAUGGCAAACCUUUUUCAUCGCAAGUGUGGUUGGCCUCACGCUUGUGAGGGACUGGCCAUGGACGCAUACUGUCUUCUUCGUUCUCCACGGCCUUGUGAUGUUAAUGAAGCAGCAUUCCUAUGCCUUCUAUAACGGCCACCUUUCAUCGGUAUAUAAAAAACGCCGAAGCCUCUUGCUGAAGUUGAAACAACUAGAGAGUAUCUCGCCAGUCACAUCUCCUUCGCUCACAAGCCCGCGUGUUUCUACUCUGUCCACAUCUCACCUCGCCCACCCUCCGUCUGCAGAUGAGUACCAUGAAAGGCGGCAUUCAUUGUCAAAAUCUAGAUCGGCCGAUAAAGAUGAUAUUGAGAAUAUAUUCCAUGCAAUCGAAGCAGCGGACCCGCUCGAUAUGGAACAAUUACAAGUCUUCGAGAGACUGAUAAAGUGGGAGGCUGAUGCACUCACGGAUGAGCUCCGGGGCAAAGCGACGGACCCAACACAUUAUUAUCCAAACAACCUUACAUUCUGGAAUCAUUACGAAUAUAUUGUAUUGCCUACCGUUGUAUAUGAGCUGCAGUAUCCUCGGUCUGAGACUAUCGAUUGGUCAUACGUGGCUGAGAAAACUUGUGCUCUUUUCGGUAUUAUAUUUGUUAUGAUCAUGAUCUCCCAAGCUUCUAUCUACCCCGUCGUGAUGAGAACUGUAUCCAUGAAGGAGGCAGGUUGGACAGUUGCUCAGAGGUUUCGAGAAUUCCCAUGGUUAUUGAGUGACCUUAUUUUCCCUUUCAUGAUGGAGUACCUACUGGCUUGGUAUUUGAUCUGGGAGACAGUCCUUAAUAUACUCGCCGAGCUUACUUCCUUUGCGGAUAGAAGCUUCUAUGACGCGUGGUGGAACUCCGUUUCCUGGGACCAAUACGCACGCGACUGGAACCGUCCUGUCCACAAUUUUCUCCUACGACACGUAUAUCACAGUUCAAUCUCAUCCAUGCGAGUUAACAAGCAUACUGCAACACUCAUCACGUUCUUCCUGUCAGCUUGCGUUCACGAGCUUGUCAUGUGGUGUAUAUUCAAGAAACUUCGCGGUUAUCUGCUUAUUUUGCAGAUGUGCCAACUCCCACUCGUGAGAAUGAGCCGGACGAAGUGGCUUCGCAACCAGAAGACGGUGGGAAAUAUGAUAUUUUGGAUCGGGAUCUUCACUGGACCUAGUUUACUGUGUAGUUUGUACUUGAUCCUCUGAUAUACUGCGCACUGUAUAUAUUGGCGUUAUAGAGGGCACCGGAAGCGAGAGCAAAUGACAUUAUGGUGUGCUUGAGACUAGAUACAUUGGGAAGGACUAGGGGCACUUGGAGUUCAAGGUGUUAUAUUAACUUCGGUAUUAAAGUAUGAGACUAUGUCUUCGGUAGAAGCGGUAUUUGUCGCUAUUCUCCCCUAAAUCUACGAUUGGGUUAUGAGGUUCCUCUACCCUAGCUGCCUAGGUACCUAGGACCUAGGUACUGCGAGAUAACUCAAGAAAUAAAUAAACC